AUGGUAAAAGAAUACAACAAAGAUGUUCCUAUUACCAAGCGUUCUAUCCUAACUGAAAUAGCGUCAAUUUUCGAUCCGUUGGGACUAAUAAAUCCAGUGUUCAUUAAAUUCAAAAUUUUAAUUCAAAGGUUAUGGCAAUUAAAAAUCGGAUGGGAUAAGAAGAUACCCGAAAAUAUAAAACGAGAGAGGAAAGAAAGCCGUGAAAAAUUAUAUGUAAUAAAUAUAUUGUUGAUAUCAAGGCAAAUAGUAGGCGACGGCAGUAUAAGCGAGAUUGAGGUGCAUGGGUUCGCGGAUGCGUCACUUACGACGUACGGUGCCUGCUUGUACUUACGUGUAAUACAAAAUGAUGGUCAGUGUGUUGUAAAUUUAAUUUGGUCUAAGUCUCACGUCACCCCUCUCAAAACUGUGUCAUUGCCGCGACUCGAAUUGUUAGCAGCCGUAUUAUUAGCACGAUUAGCAAAUAAGUAUGGGCGCAGUUUGCGAUUAAAUAUUAUUAAUUAUUUUUAUUGGUCCGAUUCUACAGUGGUACUUUCGUGGAUAGCAUCGCCGUUAGCUAGGUGGAAAACGUUUGUAGUCCACAGAGUAGGAGAAAUCCUUGAUCUCACAUCUAUUGUACAAUGGUAUCACGUGCGUACAGCUAACAACCCGGCAGACGUGGUCUCACGUGGCAUUUGCCNAUGGUAUCACGUGCGUACAGCUAACAACCCGGCAGACGUGGUCUCACGUGGCAUUUGCCCACUUCAGUUAAAGAAUUUAACAAUUUGGUGGAAGGGCACCAGUUGGUUAGUUAAGAAAAGCUCUGAGUGGCCUAGGUCAACUUGA